CUCCCGCCAUACUUUGUGACAGGGUGCGGUAGGCUCGCAAGGUCGCUACUGGUCAGGACUACAGUGUCUUCAGAAUUCUUGAAUCGACCACAUUAGAAAAACCGAGGCACUCAUGGCGAUGCAACAGCCCGUUACCGCUCAGCCCGGCGGGGUCGCCCAGCAGUGGAUGCCGGCUCCAGCAGCUAUCCCAGGAUGCCCCCCUGGUCUGGAGUAUCUGACCCAGGUUGACCAACUGCUGGUCCAUCAGCAAGUGGAGCUGUUCGAGGCCUUCACUGGUAUUGAGAUGAACAACAAGUACAAGAUCAAGAACAGCCUUGGUCAGCAGGUCUACUUUGCCUAUGAGGAGACUGAUCUUUGCAUGAGGAUGUUGUGUGGAAACCAGCGCGAGUUCACCAUCCAUGUCACAGACAACAAUCAACAGGAGGUGAUGCGAGUCCGUCGUGAUUUCAAAUGCUGUGCAGGGUGCUGUUGGUGUGCUGGCUGCUGUGACUGCUGUGCCUUCGAGGUUUACGUGGAGGCUCCUGUUGGUCAGCAGAUCGGAAUCGUGCGCCAGCUGGGAUCCGGAUGGAAGGCCCACUACAGUGUCAUGAACGGCCAGCGGGACGAGAUCUUUAAGAUCUGGGGCCCCUGCUGUGCGUGGUCUGGCCCGUGCUGCAUGUGUGAUGUGGACUUUGAUAUCUUUGGGACUGACGGAAGCACCAAAGUUGGGGCCGUGACUCGUCAGUACGCAGGGUUUGUCCAGGAGUGCUUCACCAAGGCCAGCAACUUCAGCAUGACCUUCCCCCAGGACUUGGAUGUCAAGAUGAAGGCCACACUGUUUGGGGCAGCCAUGCUCAUUCAGCAGCCUGUUACCAACCAACCCGGGGUCGUUCAGCAGUGGAUGCCGACUCCCGUCGCUAUCCCAGGAUGCCCCCCUGGUCUGGAGUACCUGACCCAGAUUGACCAACUGCUGGUCCAUCAGCAAGUGGAGCUGUUUGAGGCCUUCACUGGUGUGGAGAUGAACAACAAGUACAAGAUCAAGAACAGCCUUGGUCAGCAGGUCUACUUUGCCUAUGAGGAGACCGACUUCUGUAUGAGGAUCAUGUGUGGAAACCAGCGUGAGUUCACCAUCCACGUCACAGACAACAAUCAACAGGAAGUGAUGCGUAUCCGCCGUGAUUUCAAAUGCUGUGCAGGGUGCUGUUGGUGUGCUGGCUGCUGUGACUGCUGUGCCUUCGAGGUCUAUGUGGAAGCUCCUGUUGGUCAGCAGAUCGGAAUCGUGCGCCAGCUGGGAUCUAAGUGGAAGCCCCACUUCAGUAUCAUGAAUGGUCAGCGAGACGAAAUCUUCAAGAUCUGGGGACCUUGUUGUGUCUGGGCUGGCCCAUGCUGCACCUGUGAUGUGGACUUCAAUAUCCUCGGGACUGACGGAGUCACCAAAGUUGGGGCCGUGACUCGUCAGUACGCAGGGUUUGUCCAGGAGUGCUUCACCAAGGCCAGCAACUUCAGCAUGACCUUCCCCCAGGACUUGGAUGUGAAGAUGAAGGCCACACUGUUUGGGGCAGCCAUGCUCAUUGCAGUGACCAAUCAGCCCAUGCAAUGGAUGGCGGUACCCGGGGCCAUCCCUGGCUGCCCGCCCGGCCUGGAGUACCUGACUCAGCUGGACCAACUCCUGGUGCAGCAACAGGUGGAACUUCUGGAGGCCUUCACUGGAAUUGAGACCAAAAACAAGUAUGCCGUCAAGAACUCCAUGGGACAGCAGGUGUACUUCGCAUACGAAGAGUCAGACUUCUGCUCCCGGAUCUGCUGUGGAGCCCACAGAGGCUUUCAGUUUCACGUCACAGACAACAACGGACAGGAGGUGAUCCGGCUGAACCGUGAGUUUAAGUGCUGUGCGGGAGGCCAGUGGUGCGCCAGCUGCUGUGACUGCUGCGCCUACGAAAUCCUCGUGGAGGCGCCCGUGGGCCAAGUUGUCGGUGUUGUGCGCCAAAUGGGUUCGUUCUGGAAGCCACACUACCACAUCAUGAACGAGCGCAGGGAGAUGGUGUUCGACAUGUGGGGACCGUGCUGUGCCUGGAGCGGGGCCUGCUGCACCUGUGACGUUGAUUUUACGGCCUAUGGCAGUGACGGGCACACCGAGGUGGGGAAAGUCACCCGUCAGUACGCAGGCUUUGCCAAGGAGAUGUUCACUGAUGCCACUAACUUCAGCGUCACGUUUCCCCAGGACCUGGAUGUGAAACUGAAGGCUACUAUGCUUGGUGCUUGUCUCUUGGUGGUGAGCCAAGCAGCACACGUCGCCAUGGUGUACGAGCUGGCGAAGAGUCACUGGGCCCGGUUUGUGGUGAUCGGAGAUGCGCUGGUAUCCCGCGGACACAACGUCACCGUGGUGGCACCAGAAGACAUCCUGUCCUGGAUACAUCGCGGGGACGGCGAUGCCUUCAACUACCUGACCUUCCCCGAGGCGGGGACACGGGAGUAUGUUGAGAAAUACAUCGGUAAAGCGUGGACAAGGGUACUAAAGCAAAGGUAUAUGUACCAACAGACUUGGUCUCAUGUUUCAUCCUAUCGGCAAGCUGCCCGGAGAUGUCAGUCUCUUCUUUCCCAGGGAGAUUUGUUGGACAAACUCCGACAAGCCGACAUCAUAUUAGGAGAGCCUCUCACUCCAUGCGCCGCAGUGGUCUCCAGUGCCGUCGGCGUGCCCUCCGCCCUGCUCAGCGUACCGAUGCCGGCGAGCUGGCUGGGCUCGGACACCCCGGCUCCCACCUGCUGCUACCCCGUCCCGUUCUCUGGACUCGGCCGGGUGCGAACCUUCCGCGACAGGGUCCACAAUCUUGCUGGCUACGUGGCGACCAUGGUCUUUGGGCGCGCCAUAACGGCAUUCUACUUCGACCACCUUGCUAAGAAGUACAUCGGUGAAGACGCUACCUUCGUGAGUGCCCUAGCGGACACUGACCUGUGGCUUCUCACAGAACAUCCGGGGCUUGACCCGGUCCGUCCGCGCAUGCCUAAUAUGAUCAACAUAGGAGGCUUCAUGGCCAGGCCUGCACAGCCGCUGACACAGGAGUUGGAGGACUUCAUGCAGGGAUCAGACCACGGAGUGAUCAUCUUCGGCCUGGGGACCUUUGUGAAGGGCAUGCCGAGUCACCUGGCGGAAGUGUUCGCCGCUGCCUUUGCCCAGCUUCCGCAGAGAGUGGUCUGGAGGUACGACGAGAAAGAGACGCCUCGCGGUUUAGGGAAGAACACCAAGCUCAUGAAGUGGAUCCCACAGAAUGACCUUCUAGGGCACCCCAAAACGCGCCUUUUCGUGAAUCACGGUGGCCUGAAUGGUCUACACGAAGCUAUCUACCACGGCGUACCCAUGGUCAUCUUACCGCUGACAGUUGAACACCAGGCCUAUGCUGACGUCAUGGUUUCCAAGGGAACGGCCGUGACCCUCGACAUCCGCACUAUAACACCAGCUGAUGUCAUAUCGGCCAUCCAAGAGGUCACCGGGAACUCAUCAUAUAGCUACUUUUGUCGGGAGGAAACACGUACGUGCUCGUCUGGCCCGCCAAGUCCUGCAUCCAGCAGUCAGUCACACGGUGUCAAAUCUCCUCAUCAGGGAUUCGACAUGGACUUCGCACCAAACAGCUACAAAGAAAGUGCAGAGCGACUGGCAAAGCUGUUACAUGAUCAGCCGCAACCCCCUCUGGAACGCGCGGUUUGGUGGAUAGAACACGUCAUCAAACAUGGUGGACUUCCGCACCUGCGCACUACGAUGACCGACGUUUGGUUUUACCAGUACUUCCACCUUGACGUUUUGGUGGCUUUUGUAGCUGUCGUCACUGCUUUGUGGAUACCGCUAACACGUCUUUUUAUAAUGAAAUAUUCUUGGCAGAGAAUUAUAACAGGGGUUAUCAUUUCUAUCUUGGUCAUUUCCAUACCCAUUACGUACUUAGAUGGACUUUAAAAUAAUUCAUUGAACCAAGGCGCCUUUUCUGACUAUUCAAAGCUUCUUGUUGGAUAAUCUCUGGCAAAACAAUUGUCAGCGACAAAUACCAAUUCCAAAGAACAUCGGAAUCAUCAACUUCUGUAAAUAUUUCUUAUUUGUAAGCGAACAGCUAGUAUAUAUGCUGGUGUUUCGUUCUCAAAGGCCAUAGCUGGUGACAGUCUGAUAACGGUUAAAUUCAGUAUCCGAAGAAGUGUA